AUGGAUCAAUCUCAUACUGUGGUAAUCACAAAUCCUGGAGACAGUAACAAAUCUUAUGUUGAUGCUUUUAAACAAAGAAAACCCAUACAACCAACGUCCGUUGAUGUCGCUUCUUUGCCAAACCCUAGUUUAAUUGAGGGUGAACCCGCUCUGGAGAUUCCAACGAAAUUCUUUGAAGAAGGAUGCCAACAAUUUCAACACAACUUUAUUGCUCGUAUGGACUACACAGGCUUGAAGUUUAAUGAGAUGAAACAAAACCUAGAGGCUCAGUGGAAAUUUACUGCUAAGUUUGUUCCCAUGACUAAGGGUUUCUUUAUUAUUAUGCUCAGUUCCAAGGAAGAUAAGGAAAAAGUACGUAAAACCAAAUGGUUUAUCAAUGAACAUCUGCUUCGUUUAAUAGACUGGUAUCCAAGCUUCAAUCCUGAGAAGCAAGCUACAUCCCAUGCAACUGUUUGGGUUCGUUUUCCUAGGUUACCAGUUGAGCUGUGGACUGAAAAAACAAUUUUAUCCAUGGGGAAAGUGCUCGGAAAUCCAAUCGUGCUUGAUCAAAAAACCCUAGAUUUGGAUUUUGGUUACUUUGCAGCAGAUCUAGUUGACAUUGAUUUUGGUAAACACAUUCCUGAGAGGAUUAUAAUUAAGUCAGGAGGAAAAAGCUUUUGGCAGUAUCUGGACAUCCCAAAAAGUCCGAAAUUCUGUUUGCACUGUAACAUUAUUGGCCAUCAUGAGAAGGAGUGCAAAAACAAACCAGCGAAUAAAACUGUUCAUAACAAUGAUCCAGCACAGGAUAACUCAACUUCUUCUCAAUCUUGGCAAGAAGUACAGAGCAAGAGAAAGAGUCGUAAAGAGAAGAAUUCUGGAACUUCUCAAGGUUUGCAUGAGGGGAAUGCUGGUAGUGUGGAGAAAACUACUCAGCUUGAGGAGGAAGUUUCUCGUUCUGAGGCUGAGUUUAAUGCAUCAGCAGCUAAGCUAGAAAGAGCAAAGCAAGCUGCAGCGGACAAUUUAGCUUUGGUGAACGGGACUGAGUUAGAGAGAACUAGUGCCUUAGUAACUAUGUUAGGUGCUUCUGAUGAAUUGGCAAGAACUAACAGAAUGCGCGUUUUAGAUGGUAGUCAGGCUUUGAUGAAUCCUUUUAUUGCUUCAGCAACAUCAAAUACUGAUGCUAAUGAGAAUGCUGUUAACAGAAUUGCUUCGCAGGAGCAUAUUGUUAAACAGGCGAUAACUGAAAGGGAAGUGGUGAAGAAAGGUGUUUCUCCGGUUGUAACUAGGAUUUCUAAGCGUAGUAAGAAAUUGGUUUCUACUUCUCAGCUAGCUAAUACUCCUCAAACUGAAUCGAAAAUACCUUGUUCUGAAGGUGUUAUUGCGGGUCUUGGUUUAAGAGGUUUUGAAAAUAAGGCUAUUCAUAAUUCCACUGUAGGAUCCAUUGGUAACAUAUGGAUUCUUUGGAAGGAUGUUUUUGACCAGCCUGAAGUAAUUAAUACUAGUAGGCAGGCCAUUACAAUAAAGGUUGAUGGUGUUUUUAUGUCUUUUGUUCAUGCAAGCUAUAUUCAAGUUUUUCGUAGGAGGCUUUGGCAACAAUUGAGUUUGCAUGACUUGACGGUUCCUUGGUUGAUUAUGGGAGAUUUUAACUGUGUUUUGCAUGGUGAUGAAAAAAAAGGGGGUCAUGAACCCAGACCUUCUUGUAUAAAUGAAUUCAGUGAUUGGAUGGAUAACAAUAACUUGUUUGAAGCGGAUUCGUUGGGUUGUAAACUUCCUUGGACGAAUGGGCAAUCUGGUACAAGGCAUAUUCUAAGCAAGUUGGAUCGUGCUAUUAUUAAUGAAGCCUGGAUAACAAAAUUUGCGAAUUGGAGGUUUGAAGCGUUUGAAAGCUCAAUGAAGUUGUGGAAUCAAACGGUUUUUGGUAAUGUGAAUACUCGUUUUAAGCAAGCUCAACUUAAAUUUGAGGUGGCUUGUAGAAAUUCUGAUGAGCACCCUCAUGAUGUUGCGAAACUGAAUGUUAUGAAAAAUGCCUUAGUGGUUGUACAAGAUGUGAGAAUGCAACAACAUAUUAUGCUCAAGAAAAAGUCACAGCUGGUUUCUGAAGAUGGUUUGACUAUCAGUGAUCCAGACCAAAUUCUUGAUCAUGUGGCGUCCUAUUAUGAGGCUAAAUUCAAUGGCACGGACCUGCCAAUUGAUGAGCAUCUGUUUGAAUAUGAUCAUGCUUCUAUUUCUGUUGAAGAGAACCAGAUGUUAGAUGCCAUUCCUUCACUGGAGGAGAUUAAAACUGCGGUUUUUGAUUUAGGAGCGGAUAGUGCUCCAGGGCCGGAUGGUUUUUCAGGGUGCUUUUACAGACACUGUUGGGACCUUAUUAACCAGGAUUUAUUCAAGGAUAUUAUCUUUUGCUGGACUACUAAAUCAAUUCCUAAUGGGGUGGCUUUUAUGAAAGGAAGGAAUAUUUAUGAAAACAUCAGUUUGGCGUCGGAGAUGGUUAAUGAGUUGCAUAUAAAACGUAAAGAUGGUAACUUGGGUCUUAAGCUUGAUAUUUCUCAAGAUUUUGAUAUAGUGAGCCGGUCUUUCGUUUUGGAGGUGUUUAGAAGGUAUGAUUUUUCAGAAGAUUGGUGUUCCUGGAUCCACAAUAUUCUGAAAUCUGCUCAUAUUUCAAUUUUGCUAAAUGGUAGCCGGAAGGGUAUUAUGAAGAGUGUGAGAAAUUUGGUGAAAAUUCUUGAAGUUUAUCAAUGUGCUUCUGGUCAGCGAGUUUGUAGAGAGAAGAACAAGAUUUACAAUGGUGGGGGGUCUUUAAGUACGUAG